CAGAACUGUGUGAUCAUGGCGGAUGAGGUGGCGCAAGCUCAGAGCGCGCAACCGGGAGGAGACACGAUCUUCGGCAAAAUCAUCCGCAAAGAGAUUCCUGCCAACAUUAUCUAUGAAGAUGAUCAGUGUAUUGCCUUCCAUGAUGUGGCCCCUCAGGCUCCCACUCACUUCUUGGUGGUCCCCAGAAAGCCCAUCACUCAAACCACAAAACCACAAAAUAAUCAAAAACACAUCAGUAUUAUUGAUACUCUGCUUGGACACCUGAUGAUCGUUGCUAAGAAGUGUGCCGAGGAGGUGGGAUUGCCCCGAGGAUAUCGACUGGUGCUCAAUGAGGGUCCUGACGGGGGUCAGUCCGUUUACCACGUUCACAUCCAUGUGCUGGGGGGUCGUCAGCUGGGAUGGCCUCCUGGCUAACUGUUUUUCUCAGGAUAUCACUGUAUCUCUCCAGUCGUGCCAUCGUUUGCCAUAAGUGAGGUUAAUCUUUACAUUUCAAGUAGGAGUCCAUCAGAAAUACAACUGUCUGAGGACAUCAAUAAAAAACAUUAAAUGCU